AUGAAUGACGGUACCCUCGUCAUUCGUGGAGAGAAGGUUCCGUCGCGAAAUGUAGGCGAUGUCGGUUUUGUUGUGCACCUAUCUGUCGUCCAUCUUGUCGAUUCUCACGAGAUUCUAUCACCUCGUCUGGCCAUUCUUCGCCUCCGCCCUCUGCGCCAAAAACCCAUCAGUAUCAUCAACUGCUACUCACCAACAUCAGCAGCUGAUGAACCCGAAUUGGACGCUUCCUUCUACAAAUUCAUGGUCGGAGACUUCACCCAAAACUAG